CAUCUCACGCAUGCGCUGUAGCGUCGCAAUAUAUUGCAUCUAGCAACACUGGUGCCAGGGGCCUGCUGUAGAUCCUUAAAACAAAGUGAAAUAAUACCAUUAUUCAAUAAGUUUUAAAUAUAAUCAAAUAGCAAUGGCUAAUAAAAAAAAAGUAAAAGCGUACGUAAAAAAGAAGCGUAUACCAGAAAGUAAAAUAAUCGAGGAACUGCAAUUCAAAUAUAAAGAUAUAGACGUUACAAAAACGAUAAAAUUUAGCGAUCUACCUUUAUCGAAAAGCACUUUGAAGGGAUUAACAAAUAGCGAUUAUGUUGAGAUGACAGACAUUCAGAGGCAAAGUAUUGGUUUGGCUUUGCAAGGCAAUGAUAUUUUAGGAGCCGCAAAGACUGGGAGUGGCAAGACUUUGGCUUUCCUCGUACCGAUUUUAGAAAUCUUGUACUGUAAACAGUGGACAAAAUUAGAUGGUUUAGGUGUACUUGUCAUCACACCGACGAGAGAAUUGGCGUAUCAAAUAUAUGAUACUUUGCGGAAAGUGGGUCAAUACCAUGAUUUCUCAACUGGUCUGAUUAUAGGAGGAAAGGAUUUAAAAUUCGAAGCUAAACGUAUGGAUCAGUACAAUGUAAUUAUAUGCACACCAGGGCGUUUACUUCAGCAUAUGGAUGAAAAUCAGUUAUUCAAUUGUGUAAACAUGCAGAUAUUAGUAUUGGAUGAAGCAGAUCGUUGUUUGGACAUGGGUUUUGAGAAGACAAUGAAUGCUAUUAUUGAAAAUUUGCCACCCAAAAGACAAACUUUACUUUUCUCAGCUACACAGACAAAAUCAGUGAAAGAUCUGGCAAGAUUAAGUCUUAGAGAUCCACUAUACAUAUCUGCACAUGAGUAUUCCGCACAUGUUACACCAGAAAGUCUACAUCAGAGUUACAUUGUAUGUGCUUUAGAGGAUAAAUUGGCAAUGUUAUGGUCGUUUAUACGGAAUCACUUGAAACAGAAGAUUAUAGUAUUCUUUUCCAGUUGUAAACAAGUGAAGUAUGUAUAUGAAGCAUUUUGCCGAUUGCGACCUGGUAUCAGUUUGUUAGGUCUUUACAGCACGCUUCAUCAAUUGAGACGAAUGAGCAUUUACGAGACGUUUCGCAAGAAACAACAUGCUGUUCUGUUCGCCACUGAUAUCGCAGCUCGUGGAUUAGAUUUUCCCGCCGUUAAUUGGGUGAUUCAAAUGGAUUGUCCAGAAGACGUCAACGCAUAUAUACACAGAGUAGGUAGAACGGCCAGGUUUAAAAGCGGCGGUGAGUCCCUUCUGGUCUUAUUACCAUCAGAAGAAGUCAUGAUCGAGAAGCUUCGACAACGUAAAAUCCCUAUAAAUAUGAUCGAAAUUAAUCCGAACAAACUACACUCGCCGCAACGUAAAUUAGAAAUUUUAUUAGCGCGAGAUGUAUCUUUGAAAGAAACCGCUCAGAGAGCUUUUAUAUCAUACAUAAAAUCAAUUUUCCUCAUGAAGAAUAAAGAGAUCUUCAAUAUACAUGCUUUAGAUAAAGACGCAUAUGCUGCGUCUUUAGGCUUAGUUAUCACACCAAGAACACGAUUUUUACAGAGGAUACAAAAAAAAAUAAUCAACAAUAACGUCAAGAGCGAAGAGAAAUCAGAUAAGAAUUCAAUUAAUUCGUUAAACGCUAGCGAAGAGGAAAAUAGCAAAGACGCUUUUAUUAAUAAUAUUUUCGAUACUAAUAAAGAGGAAAAGAAAAGAACGGUCAAAGGACAAGAUAUGGCCGCUCUUCAGUUCGAUGUUCCUAGCGACGAUGAUGAUCUCUUGAUAGUAAAGAGGGAAAAUAUAGAUAUUAAUGAUAUGUCAGUGAUAAAGGAUAAUGAGAAUAGGACUUUAAAGAAACAAAAAAUCAUUACAAAGGCUGAAUUGGCUAAGAAAAUACUUAAGAAAAAAGUUGCAGUUAACAAAAAGACCGUAUUUGAUGAUGAGGGACAGGAAUUAAUCGACUCUGCGCGAAUGAAAAUGUCAGAAUUGGCUCGAAAAUAUGAGAACGAGGCAGACUCUGGCAUAAACAUUGAAAUGUCCAAGCAAAUAUUGCGUGAGGAAGAUCAAUUUGAUAAACAAAGACACCGAGAGAGGAUUAGAGCAAAACACAGAGAGGAAAAGAUGAAAUUAAAAGCUGCAAAGAAAAUGAAGGUGAAUUUGAACGACAAGGAAGAAGCGGAGGAAGAUAUAGAUAACAAUGUUAUCAGCGAGGCUGAAUCUAGCGAAGGCCCGGACAUGUCAUGGUUACCUGACCCGGAUAAAAUAUACGGUAAACAACGAGAUAUAGACGAAGAAAAGAAUGAUAACAAAUUCAAGGGAGAAGACACGGAAACAGAAGAUAAGGAAUCUGAGGAGAAUGAAGGAUCGGACGAAGAGAAUAUAGUUCACAGGCCAUUCAAAAGAAAAUUAACGAAAAAACAACACAGGAAAACGCAAAAGAGGCAGAAAAUGUCAGACAACACUAAUCUGCAAAUUGAUGAGGAACUAGCGUUGCAAUUGUUACAUAAUUGAAUUCCACAGGAAAGUCUUUAGAAAUUUUGAACUAUUGACAAUUUUACACUGGCGUCGAAAUAUUUCUGUUCAACUGGAUAGAAUUCUACUAAGGCGACGAAACACGAACGAACUCCUGUCAGUUUAAUAAAUUAUA